CAAAAUCAAUGCUCAACUCUUUCUCUUGCCACCGACUUAUUUUCACCCUAUUCUCCAAAACCCCAUUUCUCUAAUUGUGUGAACAAAAUGCCGCCAUUGAAGUCUAUGCAACUCCGUCGGCUGCUUCACCGCUGCCUCUCUUCGCCUUCUCCGUUUCAAUCCCACGCUUUGCUCUCUUCGAAACCUCAUUUUACGCCAACCCAGUUCCCUCUAAUAUCUAAAUCCUUCUCAACCCAAAACCCUAAUCCCCAAACCCCAGAUCCUGUUGCUUUAUCUCUUUCGGCUGAGCUCCUCAGUGACCCUUCUUUAGAUCCUCUCGCGAUCACCCCAAGACUCCAGCUUCACUUCUCUCAUAUCAAACCAACCCCUUUGUUGAUCUCACAGACCCUUAAUCUCUCCCCUGAAGCUGGUCGAACUGUUUUAGGGUUUCACGAUUGGAUUCUAUCGAACCCCGACUUCAACCACACCGAUGAAACGCUUUCGUCUUUCAUUGAUUACUUUGGUCGAAGGAAAGAUUUCAAAGCUGCCCAUGAUCUCCUCGUCAAUCAAAAUUCUGUUGCGGGUCCUAAAACUCUUAAGUCAUCCAUUGAUAGGCUGGUUCGUGCUGGCAGACCAACACAAGUUUUGAGUUUUUUCGAGAGAAUGGAGAAAGAUUAUGGGUUCAAAAGAGAUAAAGAAUCACUGAGGUUGGUAGUGGAGAAAUUGUGUGGACAUGGGUAUGCAAGUUAUGCUGAGAAGAUGGUGAAAGACACUGCCAACGAGAUAUUCCCGGACGAGAUGGUAUGUGAUUUAUUGAUCAAAGGUUGGUGUGUUGAUGGGAAGCUUGAGGAGGCUAGAAGAUUAGCUGGGGAAAUGUAUAGGGGAGGUUUUGAGAUUGGUGCAACGGCGUAUAACGCAAUGCUCGAUUGUGUUUGUAAGCUUUGUAGGGCAAAAGAUCCAUUUCGGCUUCAUUCGGAAGCUGAGAAAGUUCUGCUUGAUAUGGACUUUUAUGGGGUACCAAGAAAUGUUGAGACUUUUAAUGUGUUGCUUGAUAAUCUUUGUAAGAUUAGGAACACUGAGGAUGCGAUGAAGUUGUUUUUUAGGAUGGGGGAAUGGGGUUGUUCUCCGAAUGCUGAUAGCUACUUGAUUUUGAUUCGGAGUUUGUAUCAGGCUGCUCGAGUUGGUGAAGGCGAUGAGAUGAUGGAUGGGAUGAAAUCUGCUGGCUUUGGUGAUCAGCUUGGCAAGAAAGAAUAUUAUGGCUUUCUUAAGAUUUUGUGUGGAAUUGAGAGGAUUGAGCAUGCCAUGAGUAUUUUUAAGAAGAUGAAGGCUGAUGGGUGUAAACCUAGCAUUAAGACUUAUGAUUUGUUAAUGGGGAAAUGGUGUGCUCAUAACCGCAUUGAUCGAGCCAAUGUUCUUUAUAAUGAAGCUCUGAAAAAUGGGGUGCCAGUUGUACCUAAGCCCUAUCGUGUUGAUUCAAGAUAUAUGAAGAAAACCAAAGCUGUGAAGAAGGAGAAGAAGAGGGAGACUUUUUCUGAGAAAAUGGCUCGAAAGAGGAGACGCCUUAAGCAAAUUCGACUAAGUUUUGUGAAGAAGAGUAGAGGGAGGAUGCGCAGUGCCUAAAUUUACCUAGUUACUUACAGAAAAUGUAAGUGGUGGUGGUGUUAUUAUUCUUUCGAUCACUUGGAUUGCAGAACUUACCAGCAAAAUCUGUCUAUUUUUGCUAUUGUGUUGAUAGACUGGUAAGAUGUUGGAAAAUGACCAGAGCUGAGA